CUGGGAAGAAACAUGGCAGGAGAGUCAGAGGACGAGAUACCCGAAUCCGGAGCCGUGUUUACCUUUGGAAAAAGCAAGUUUGCAGAUAAUGUACCAAGCAAAUUCUGGCUCAAAAAUGACAAACCCGUGCGGAUCUCUUGUGGGGAUGAACAUACAGCAUUGAUAACAGACAAUGGAAAGCUUUAUAUGUUUGGCAGCAAUAACUGGGGACAGCUGGGCUUGGGCACAAAGACCACGGUGAACAAGCCCACUUGCGUGAAAGCUUUGAAAUCAGAAAAGGUGAAGCUUGCAGCCUGUGGAAGAAAUCACACAAUAGUAUACACAACACGGGGGAACGUGUACUCCGCAGGGGGUAACAAUGAGGGUCAGCUUGGUCUGGGGGACUGCGAAGAGAGGACGUCCUUCCAUCGGGUGGACUUCUUUAGCAGCCACAGACCCAUCAAAAUGCUGGCGGCUGGCUCAAACACCUCCGCCGCUCUCACUGAGGAAGGGAGGCUGUUCAUGUGGGGCGACAACUCAGAAGGUCAGAUCGGCCUGGGGGACGAGAGCAACACGCUGGUCCCUCGGGAGGUGUCCGUGGGGAGGCCCGUCUCCUGGGUGUCCUGUGGAUACUACCACUCCGCCUUGGUCACUGCUGAUGGGGACCUGUUCACAUUCGGGGAGUGUGACAGUGGGAAGCUGGGACUGCCCCCCGAGCUGCUGGACAAUCACAGAGUCCCACAGCCAGUGCUGGCCAUCACCGACAGGGUUACCCAAGUGUCCUGCGGAGGGGGCCACACUGUAGCGCUUACAGAGGACGACCUGUACACGUUUGGGCUGGGACAGUUUGGGCAGCUGGGUCACGGGACCUUCACCUUUGAGUCGCCUCUCCCCAAAGUUGUGGACCACUUCCGGAAGGGGCGGGUCCAGCACGUGAUGUGCGGAGAGAACCACACCGCUGUGAUCACAGACAAGGGACUUCUCUACACGUUUGGAGAUGGACGACAUGGGAAGCUGGGUCUUGGCGAAGAGAAUUUCACUAACCAGUUCAAGCCAACGCUAUGCUCCCGCUUCCUUAAAUACCAUGUACAGGCUGCGACCUGUGGCGGCUGUCACAUGCUGGUGCUGGCCACGCCCAGGCCCAAGGACAUGGAGGACGUGUCCCUGGAGGAGGACGACGUCACAGAGAACUACCUGGAGCGGUCGUACACGGAGCUCCUGGGGGACACCUCCGCCUCCAGCACCCUCAACAGAAGCCUGUCUGCUCGCGUCCGGCGCCGAGAGAGGGAGCGAUCCCCAGAACAGUUCGGGCUGAUGUUUCGCACCCUGCCCCCCCUGACAUCCGGCUACCUGCACACCUCCCUGCCCGUGCCCAGCCAGACGGCACCCCCAAGAGACGCGCCCGACGGACGGGCACGGAACGGCCUCCACCGCAGGAAGGACCCCGCGUCUCCCAGGACGGGAAGGAUGGCGCAUCAGAAAGCCUCCGCUGGUGAAAAUGUGGAAGACAGCGAGAGCUUGAAAGAUUUAGGGAACACCACGGAUGUGCUCAACUUGACCCAUGUGAUGAAGAUGGACCCGAGACAUAAAUCCUUGACCUUUUCUCCGGUUCACAAGGAGAAGGAUCUAGGACACAGAACAGCUGAGGAGAGUGACGGUGAGGAGGAGGAAGAUGAAGACGAGGAGGAUGAGGAGGAGGAGGAGGAGGAGGAGGAAGAGGAAGAGGAGGAUGAAGAGGAAGAGGAUGAGAAAGAUGAGAAGGAUGCAGAGAUCCCUCAGGAACAGGCAGGAGAGAAGGGGCCUCAUCUAGGGCCGGGCAAUGGUCAUACUCCAGGAGCACCACCUCAGGAACCUGAAGUGACAAAAGAAGAAACGGUGGUAGAUGGUGAUCAGAAUGUUUCUGAGGUUCGGCAGAAUCCCAUUUCCCAAACAGAAGCGAAGCCUGACUCCAGUAAUGGACCAGAGAGUGUAACAAAGGGUGUGAAAUCACGAGGCCUUUUUGGGUCCAGCCGAAAGAUCUCUCUGUUCCGACGGUCUCCAGCAGCGGAGGGCAAGCGGGAAGCCGAUAGUGGGGCAGACGGCGUUGGUGGCAGCGCCCAGGAGAAGCAGCUCGCGGACAGCGGCCAGGCCAAGAGCGAGGAGGACGGGGACAGGAGCACCAGCGGUGACGCACCGCUCCGGCCGGAGGCCAGGGGGCAGCAGCGAGCGCAGGGCCCUGGUGAAAAGCCUGCAUCCCGCUCAGCCACCUGUGCUUUGCUGUGAUCAGCAGGCUGACGCUCCAUAUUCACUGUGCCUUGUGUAAAAAAAGA